AUGCUAGGACAGCUGGCUCGGGCUGGAACUGGGUGCUUUGAUUUGGUGCUAGAUGCGGACAAAUGCAAAUUGGCGAUGGAAAUACAAACGGGUGGUGGAUUGCUUGGUGCGGGUGGCCUAUUUUACGGUGGUGCAAUGUCUCCUGCCAGCUACUGUACAUUUAGCUCAUCAAUGAGUCCGGCGCAAACACCAUGGAAUGCUGGAACAACGCCUGGCUACGGUGCCGCAUGGAGUCCGGCUACUGGUUCCGGAAUGACGCCUGGUGGAGCUGGAUUUUCGCCUUCAGGCCACAGUGAGGGUGGCUUUUCGCCUUACAGCGGUACCGGAAGCUGGAGUCCAGGGUCGCCUGGUGGAUCGCUUGGAGGAAUGUCACCUACCGGCGCCGGUGGUUAUUCACCAGCAGCAAGUGAUUAUGGCUCGGGGCUGGAAGGGUUGAGUAGCCCUGGCUAUUCGCCCACCAGUCCAGCCUCUCCGUACGGGGCUACAUCGCCUGCAUAUGGUGUGAUUAGUCCACGUUAUUCACCAACAAGUCCAAGCUAUUCACCAACUUCUCCAAGCUACUCACCAACAUCGCCAAGCUACAGCCCUACCUCGCCAAGUUAUUCACCGACAUCACCAAGCUACAGCCCAACGUCACCAAGUUACUCGCCGACCAGUCCCAGCUAUUCGCCUACGUCACCGUGUAAGUCCUCUUUUCUGGAUAAUUGCUUGGAUGAUUUUUUCUAUGUUUUUAAUUGUCCUUUUCCUAAGAUCAGCACCGCUGGCAACUUCUCCAUUCCACUAAUGUGGUUAUAA